AUGAGCAUGGAUUUUGUGUUUGGCCUACCGAAAGAUUCGGAAGGCAACACUGGUAUUGUGGUCUUUGCUGACCGAUCAAGCAAGAUGGCUCACUUAGCGGCUGUGCCGGAUAGCAUCGAUGCUGAAGGUACAGCAAAGCUGUUUAUCGACCGUGUGUUUCGAUAUCAUGGCUUGCCGGUGGCAAUUAUUUCUGAUAGAGACCCCCGCUUCACUGGGAAGUUUUGGAAGUCUAUCUUCAACGUGCUGGGCACUCGGUUGGACAUGUCCACAGCAAAUUUCUUGCAGACCGACGGUCAAGCUGAGCGUGUUAACCGCGUCAUCAACGACAUUUGCGCAGUGUUUGCGCUGAUACGCCUAGGCGUUGGAGCUCAAUGCUCCCUGUUGUUGAGUUUGUGUUGA